GCAGAGGAUCACAAGGCCUUGCGUUUUGGGGGGGUUUUUUGAGGUUCUCUCUUCGCAUCAUCUCCUCGUUGUUGCAAUAAAUGAGAGUUUCAGAGAGAGUGUGUGCUUGUAGAGAGAGAAAGUGAGGUUUUAGAGAGAGAAAUUCGAAGACUCAGCCUCAGAGGCUGCAAGACAGGAAAAUAAAUUUCUGAAGGAAAUUAGACGUGUAGAUAGAGGAAGAAAAAGAGAAUGGAGGGUAUAGAGGGGGAAGGCAACGGAGAAGAGGAAGUGUUGGGAUCGAGCUUGACGAUGGAGAAAGUGGCGGCAGCGAAGCAGUUCAUAGAAAAUCACUAUAGAGCUCAGAUGAAGAAUAUUCAAGAGCGAAAAGAGAGACGAUGGGUGUUAGAAAGGAAGCUAGCUUCUUCUGAUGUGCCCAAGGAGGAACAGAUCAAUCUGAUUAAAGACUUGGAAAGAAAAGAGACAGAAUUUAUGCGACUCAAAAGGCAUAAGAUAUGUGUUGAUGACUUUGAGCUUUUGACAAUCAUUGGUAGAGGAGCCUUUGGUGAGGUCCGCUUGUGCCGGGAGAAGAAAUCUGGCAAUAUUUAUGCGAUGAAAAAGUUAAAGAAAUCUGAAAUGCUAAUGAGAGGACAGGUGGAACAUGUAAGAGCUGAAAGGAACUUGCUGGCAGAAGUUGCAAGCCACUGCAUUGUCAAACUAUAUUACUCAUUUCAGGAUGCAGAGUAUUUAUAUUUGAUUAUGGAAUAUCUGCCAGGUGGUGAUAUGAUGACUCUGCUGAUGAGGGAGGACACUUUAACUGAAAAUGUGGCUAGGUUUUAUAUCGCUCAAAGUGUCCUUGCAAUUGAGUCAAUUCACAAACAUAAUUACAUUCACAGAGAUAUAAAGCCUGACAACCUUCUUCUGGAUAAAAAUGGUCAUAUGAAGUUAUCUGAUUUUGGCCUUUGUAAGCCUCUUGAUUGUACAGUUUUAUCUGUGAUUCCUGAAAAUAAAACGAUUGGUGAUGAAAGUAUGACCGAACCGAUGGAUAUUGAUGGAAGUAUCCCUGAUGCGGACAAUAAGAGUACUUGGAGAAGCCCCCAUGAACAGCUUCAGCACUGGCAAAUGAACAGGAGGAAGUUGGCAUUUUCAACUGUAGGGACACCAGAUUACAUUGCUCCUGAAGUAUUACUGAAGAAAGGAUAUGGCAUGGAGUGUGACUGGUGGUCAUUAGGAGCAAUUAUGUAUGAGAUGCUAGUUGGAUACCCUCCGUUUUACUCAGAUGACCCCAUAACCACAUGCAGAAAGAUUGUUCAUUGGAGAAAUCACCUUAGAUUCCCAGAAGGUUCAAGAUUGUCUCAUGAGGCAAAGGAUCUCAUUUGUAGGUUACUAUGUGAUGUUGAUCAUAGGCUAGGUACUGGAGGAGCACACCAAAUUAAAGGUCAUCCUUGGUUCAAGGAUGUUGUGUGGGAUAAACUCUAUGAAAUGGAGGCAGCUUUUAAGCCAGAAGUCAAUGGAGAGCUGGAUACACAGAACUUUAUGAAAUUUGAUGAAUUGGACUCUCCAGCACCUGCAAGAAGUGGUUCAGGGCCCUCAAGGAAGAUGCUAUUAACUCCCAAAGAUUUAAGUUUUGUUGGCUAUACAUACAAGAAUUUUGAUGCUGUCAAAGGACUACAUCCUUUUGAUCUCAAAGGAAGUAUGUCACCGAAACGGCCAUCCAUUGAUUCUAUAUUCAGUGGUUCUGGGGCAGAUUAUACUACCAGGCCAGCUGAAGAAACAGAGGUGCAAAUGUUUGCAUCGUCAGGCGAUCCCAUGGUACCAUAACAUAACAAAAUGGCUAUUCUAUUUCGAGUUAGGUGUUUCUCGAAAAUCCCAUAUCUAAGUGUGGGUUGGCUGCCAUACAACUUGCUUAAGUGUACAGCAGUAAUUGAGAAACUUGUUUAAAGUCCAGUGAUGGGUUAACUGGUAGGUAAAGUGAGAUUUUAUAGCUGAAAAAACACAUUGUGUAUUAGAUUUAGCUAUAAAACUUAUGUCCUGGCUGCCCAGGUUGGCUGUGGUAAAAACAUGCCUUCUCUAGUGGCAGUUUCUGGUCAAAUUUUAAUGGAAGCCGGAAGCAAAAACUACUUGAGAAACUCGAUAGCUUUCUAAUGAAUUAUUCCCCAUUUUUAGUUUUGUGUGUAUGUUGUUGUGGCCAAAGCGAAUAAUAACUGAAGAAAAUAUCUAAGAAGUAACACUACAGUCGUUGCUCAAGUAGCUACUGCUCAUGUGUUAAAUUAUAA